ACAAACAAACUCUUCAGCUUUAUAUUAUUAGUAUAGAUUUGCGUCAUGAUGUUCGCCGCUCUACAUGUAUAUACGAGCAAAGAUAACGGGAUUUACAGCUGAUCGUCCACAUCGGAUGUGUGUCGUGUGCUGCGUAUUUAAACUACAACAAACUUUAUUCCGCAUUAAAAUGUACCGAGACGCCAACAUGAAUAUUUUGCUAUUCCUAACCAUCAUAACGGCGUCUCUUCAGCUGGUAUCACCAGCUCCCACCCACAUGCAGGAGUUCGAGAUGUUGAUGCUGAACCAGCUCAACAAGUCCUGGUACAAACCAAAGCCACCCCAUGAGUACCCCUUGAAGGGAGAGUACCCUUGCGAGGGAGGGAUCUGCAGGACCGAGACCAGGAGAAGACUGUUUAAAGACUGAAGAUCAGUUAUUCUAGAUUAACAAAUACGUGUUAAUAUAUUUAAGAGGCUCGGCUGUAUGCAAGAAUAAUGAACGAAAAUAUAAAUGUCAUGAUGUUUAUUUAAUUGUCAAAUGUGAGAGGAAGCAAGAAGAUUGAAGUUAGUAGAGCUGAAAAAAAAAGUUAUUUUUGACUUACAUAAUUGUCCCUUUCAAUGGGCACUGAGACAAUUCUCCUAACCUCCUAAUAAUAAAAACGGCCUAUUUAAAAUGCCUCUCUCAUGAAUUCAAGUGAAAACAAUAGUUUAACAUACCAUAAUACCGUCUUCGAUAACCAGUUAUCUACUUUUGGUAAGUUUUCUAGUUCAUGUGACGUUUAAUUCUACACUUAAGAUUUACUGUACGCAAAACCUGUUGAAGUAAUUUUAAUUAAAUUAAUUUUCUUGAAA